GUCCCUUCCUACCCACUGAAUUCCGUAACACGUCGUGAGAAAAUCCUUAAGGAAUUAAGACAUGGCCGACAAAAAGAACCUUCUCCUGUUGUUCGAACAUCCCACUGAGCCCGUGUUCAUGGACAAGGGAGGCAAUGGCACAAUGUUUCAAGUUCCUGACUCCUACGUGACAAAUCGCUACAACAGGAUCUGCAAGAAGAUACAAGAACGAGUAGGCGAUGGAGAAAAGAAGCAUAUCUCGGUGAAGGAGAUCCCAAUACCUAAUCUGAGAUACCCCAUGACCUUAGGACGUUUCGACGAAUUCUCUCUGUUCCUGAAAUCUCACCGCCAGAAGGCCGCCCACCUAAUUGAUAUCUUUACCAAAAUGCCCUCCGUGGAGGACCUACAGAGCGUGGCCGUGUACGCAAGGGAUCGAGUUAACCCAGUUAUGUUUAACUACGCCCUGUCGGUGGCCCUGCUUCAUCGACCGGACACCAAGGACCUGGAUCUGCCCUCCUUCUCGCAGACCUUCCCAGAUCGAUUCAUCGACUCGAAGGUGCUUCGUAAUAUGCGAGAGGAAUCGUUCGUGGUGCAAGGAUUAGAGGCGCGUAUUCCCACCGUCAUUUCUGUUAACUAUACCGCGUCCGAUCUCGAGGUGGAGCACCGCCUGUGGUAUUUCCGCGAAGAUCUGGGCAUUAACCUACACCAUUGGCACUGGCAUCUAGUCUAUCCCAUAGAAGCGAACGACCGCAGUAUCGUUGAUAAGGACCGUCGUGGCGAAUUGUUCUACUACAUGCACCAGCAAAUUGUUGCCCGCUACAAUGCCGAGAGGUUGAGCAACCACAUGGCGCGCGUGCAGGCAUUCAACAAUUUGGACGAGCCCAUUGCCGAGGGAUACUUCCCCAAGAUGAACUCUCUGGUGGCCAGUCGUGACUAUCCACCACGCUUCGAUAAUACCCGGCUUAGGGAUAUUGACCGCCCUGUCAACGAGCUAAAAGUGGGGAUCGAUGACAUGAAGCGGUGGCGCGAUCGCAUCUAUGAAGCAAUUCAUCAAGGCUACGUUUUGGAUAUAAAUAAUGAAGAGGUUAUCCUAGAUGAAGUAAAGGGCAUAGACAUCCUGGGCAACAUUAUUGAGGCCUCCGAACUAACAAUCAACAGUAAACUGUACGGCGACUUACAUAAUAUGGGCCACGUGAUGAUAGCGUACUCUCACGACCCAAGCAACAAACAUCUAGAACGCGCGGGCGUGAUGGGCGAUUCUUCCACCGCCAUGCGCGAUCCUGUCUUCUAUAAGUGGCAUGCUUUCAUCGACAACUUGUUCCAGGAGCACAAACGACUCCUUCCCGCCUAUACCGAGGAGUACCUGAGCUUUCCGGGCAUAAGGGUUCAAAGCGUAAUUGUAAUGAGUCAGGGUCAGACCAAUAGGUUGACCACUUUCUGGCAGGAGUCCGAUGUAGACAUGUCACGCGGCCUUGACUUCUUGCCCCGUGGCAAUGUGUUCGCCCGAUUCACUCAUCUCCAGCACCACCCAUUCACCUACACCAUCAAUGUGGAAAACUCCAGUAAAGGCAUACGAAAUGGAUACGUGCGAAUCUUCCUGGCACCCAAGCUUGAUGAUCGUAAUGGCAUCAUGUCUCUGGCGGAACAACGCCUUAUGAUGGUAGAGCUGGACAAAUUUGUGGUUACUAUGACUCCCGGAACCAAUACGUUUACUCGCAACUCAAAGGAAUCGAGUGUCACCAUUCCCUUCGAGCGCACUUUCCGCAAUCUGGAUAGCAACACGGCUCCUGAAAAUUCUACAGAGGAGCUGAUAAACUUCUUCUGCGGGUGCGGCUGGCCCAACCACAUGCUGGUGCCGAAGGGUCGGCCGGAGGGCCUGAGCUUCGAACUCUUUGUCAUGAUUUCCGACUAUGAUGAUGAUCGGGUAAAUGACCAAGCCCUUGAGUGCGGAUGCAGCGAUGCCGCUUCGUAUUGCGGACUGCGAGAUCGCCUCUACCCGGAUCGGAAGUCCAUGGGCUACCCGUUUGAUCGCGAGCCCCGUCGUGGUGCCGAGUUUUUGGAGAAUUUCCUCACCUCCAACAUGAGCACAGUGGAAGUUACCAUUACCCAUGAUAAUCGCACCGAAAAGCUUCCGGAAGUGAUAAACUCCUAAUCUCAGCAUCGACUUCAUCUUUAUGUUCUACGAAUAAAUUCGUAGAUAUGAAUAUAGUUAUAAAAUAUACGA